AUGGUUAUCACGGAGACAAAGUCCCUUUACGCCCAAGGAUCUACUUCCUCCUCCAAAGGUCUCAGACUGCUUUACGAGAUAAUUCGGCGGAAGCGGCUGACAAUACGGAAACAGGAGCGGUCAUCUGAGGCUUAUAGACAUCCGAAGCAUCCUCAAGCCUCGACGGCACCCGGUCUCCGCUACGGCCACGUUUCUGGCCUGGAGGAGAAGAUGGGCUACACGAUCUUAUCGUCGCACGCUUCUCCUUGGUUGAUGCCGCUGAAGUCAUUGCAUGUCCCAGACGCUAUCUGCGGGAUGCCACAUCUCGUGCUCGGCAAGAAAGGCCACAACUGCAGGUGA